GACGCGAGCCUGUCUGGACAGAGCAGCUCUACAGCCGCCUGGGUGCGUCCGGCGCGCGAAGGCCCUUGCGCCGGGUACUGAUUGCUGAAGGUUGUCUUCAGCCUCUGUCUUCUCUACCAUCUGGACCCUACCACCUUCCACGACCAUGUCCCCUUCCAUCAACCCCGCUCCUGGUCCCUUGCAGGGACCUCUUGGACUACUCCCCGACGAAUUCUUGGAGCCGAUUUGGAUCGAGAUCCAUGCUCUGGACCCCGACUUUCACUCUGUCGAGAACCUGCACAAGGUCUGCAGGGGCUGGUACACCCUGUCCAAAGACGUUGAUCUGAGGGCUGAAUGCUUUUUGGCAAGGAGCACGCCCGCGUACGCAGUCUUCGAAGCCAUCGUUUAUCCAAAGGUGUUUACCCUCGAGCUUUACCAGCUCCUGCGCAAGAAAGGCGCUUUGUUGUCCAUGGCUCUUGUCCAACAGCUGUAUUCUCGAUACGUUAGUCGAGACCUGCAAGAGGUUGACUGCGACUGGGGCUUGAACAUCAGGAAGGAAUGCUACAAAGCCAUCGAAAUCGAAGGAUACGAGCUGUACGGAGACUUCAUGAACAAGGUCAUCGAUCAUGACCUCUGGUCUCGAUGGUACACCGGCUCGAUCGACCUGGAGGAGAAGCACAUCGAAGCCCUCAUCUUGGAACGAAACUUUGCUCCUCUCGCUUUGCCCUGGAAAGACAGCAGGUCAAUCAGCAGCCGCUCUAACCUCAUGAAUAUGCUCAGAUCCUACGAGAUCGCCAUUCGCCUCCGUAUCGCCCGCAAGUAUCUUACUAUACAACAAUUUAGAACUGGAGGGGAUCCACAUUUCUUGCACCCUGCUGUGCAGCGUCUUCAGGAUCGCUUGCCCAUUGCGUCGCCUCAAAAAGAGGCAGAGAUGUCCGAGACGUUCAAGCUGAUGCGUCCCCAACCACCACGCCCCGAUACCAAUAGCCGCACUACCGAUAGACGCAGGGAGCGCUACAGGUUGUACGAUUCGCACGAUUCGGUUUGGUGAAUACAAGAGAAGAAAGUCAUCGCGCAAGGACGGUGGACGAUACGCGUCGUAGCAGGCCAGUUCCAGAUGAUAAGCAGUCUUCAGAAAUAGCAAGAGAUAGUCUAGUUGGGGCUUUCGCACGGGCCAUAGGAUCG